UUGAAUUACUACACGGCACAGUCUGAAGUUUGGGAGCUGUGACAAACAUAGGUUGAAAAGCAAUGGUUUCUGGGAAGCAGCUGGCUGACUUUGGCUACCGGGCCUUCUCGGGCUCCAUGAUGCUCCUGACUGUGUACACUGGCUACCUGUGCACCAUGCGCUUUUACCGAUUCUUCGAGAGGAAGAAGGAACUGAAGCUGGCAGCGGAGAACCAGUCUGAGGGCAGCAUGAGCAACUGAGACGCCAUUCUGACCU